AUGGCUAACAACACCCCUGACCGCCCUCCGGGGAAUUCGGUUGCUGAGGGCAACCAGAACAGAGACUUUGGGGUGACCUUGAUGGAACUGAGGAGCCUGAUGGAGCUGCGGGGCACCAAGGCCGUCAACAAGAUACGGGACACUUACGGAGAUGUGCAGGAAAUCUGCCGCCGCCUCAAAACAUCAUCUACAGAUGCACUGAUCAUCCUGCAAAUCGCUGCCAUCGUCUCACUGGGCCUGUCUGUCUACCACCCACCAGGGGGCAACAGUACAAUGUGCGGCCACGUUGCCGGUGGCGUGGAGGAUGAGGGCGAGGCCCACGCUGGUUGGAUCGAGGGCGCGGCCAUCAUGUUCUCUGUCGUCAUUGUGGUCCUGGUGACGGCCUUCAACGAUUGGUCCAAGGAGAAACAGUUCCGCGGGCUGCAGAGUCGCAUCGAGCAGGAACAAAAAUUCACAGUCCUCCGCAAAGGUCAGGUCAUCGAGAUCCCAGUAGCUGAGAUCUUGGUGGGAGACAUCGCUCAGAUCAAGUGCGGAGACCUGCUGCCUGCUGAUGGGAUCCUGAUCCAAGGCAACGACCUCAAGAUUGAUGAGAGCUCUCUGACCGGAGAGUGUGAUCAGGUUGAUAAGUCUGAGGAGAAGGACCCGAUGCUGCUGUCCGGGACCCAUGUGAUGGAGGGGUCCGGCAAGAUGGUGGUGUCAGCUGUCGGCCUCAGUUCUCAAACUGGCAUCAUCUUCGCUCUCCUGGGUGAGAACGACGAAGAGGAGAAGGCCAAGAAAAACAAGACACAGGACAGCAUCGCUCUGGAGAAUGAGGAGGCUGCCGAGUCCGAGGCCAAACCUGAGGCGAAGGUCAACCAGGCCAAGACCAAGAAGGAGAAGUCUGUGCUGCAGGGCAAACUGACCAAAAUGUCUAUCCUGAUCGGCAAGGCUGGUCUGGUCAUGUCGACUCUGACCAUCGUCGUCCUCUUCCUCUUCUUUGUGAUUGACACCUUCGGGAUCCAGGGUCGCCCCUUUCUGGCCAAUUGCACCCCGAUAUACAUCCAGUACUUUGUCAAGUUUCUCAUCAUCGGCGUGACAGUGCUGGUUGUGGCUGUUCCUGAGGGGCUGCCACUCGCCGUCACCAUCUCUCUGGCCUACUCUGUCAAGAAAAUGAUGAAAGACAACAACCUGGUGCGUCACCUGGAUGCCUGUGAGACGAUGGGCAAUGCCACGGCUAUCUGCUCCGACAAGACAGGUACUCUGACCACGAACCGUAUGACAGUGGUACAGGCCUACAUCAGUAGUAGAUACUACAAGACCAUCCCCAAACCUGACGCCAUCAAACCAGAGACUCUGGAAACGUUGGUCAGAAGCAUCGCCAUCAACUCAGCAUACACCACCAAGAUCCUGCCUCCGGAGAAAGAAGGCGGCCUGCCUUGCCACGUGGGCAACAAGACGGAGUGCGGUCUACUGGGCCUGCUGCUCGAGCUGAGGAGGGACUACCAGCCAAUCAGAGAUGAGGUUCCCGAGGAGCAGUUCUACAAGGUGUACACAUUCAACUCCUCACGCAAAUCCAUGAGCACGGUGCUGCAAAACGCUGACGGCGGUUUCAUCAUGUACACCAAAGGAGCAUCAGAGAUCGUCCUGAGGAAAUGCUCUCAUAUCCUGGACGCCCAGGGCAGGCCCCGCGUCUUCAAGCCCAAGGACUGCGACAAGGUGGUGCGUGAGGUGAUCGAACCGAUGGCCUGCAACGGACUGAGGACCAUCUGUGUGGCCUACAGAGACUUUCCUGCCAAAGCCGGAGAGCCGGCGUGGGACAGUGAGAACGACAUCCUCAACGAGCUGACCUGCAUUGCCGUGGUGGGCAUCGAGGACCCCGUCAGACCAGAGGUGCCUGAAGCCGUCUCAAAGUGUCAGCGUGCAGGCAUCACUGUUCGCAUGGUGACCGGAGACAACAUCAGCACUGCCCGCGCCAUCGCUGUCAAGUGUGGCAUCCUGAGACCCGACGAGGACUUCCUCUGUCUGGAGGGCGAGGAGUUCAACCGGCUGAUCAGAAACGACAGAGGAGAGGUGGAACAGGAGCGUCUGGAUAGGAUAUGGCCUAAACUGCGUGUUCUGGCUCGUUCAUCACCAAAGGACAAGCACACACUGGUCAAGGGCAUCAUUGACAGCACAGUGGGUGAAAUCCGACAGGUGGUGGCCGUGACAGGAGACGGCACCAACGACGGUCCUGCCCUCAAAAAAGCUGAUGUUGGCUUUGCCAUGGGAAUUGCCGGCACAGACGUGGCCAAAGAAGCUUCUGACAUCAUCCUGACUGACGAUAACUUCACCAGUAUCGUCAAGGCCGUCAUGUGGGGCAGAAACGUGUAUGACAGCAUCGCCAAGUUCCUGCAGUUCCAGCUCACCGUCAACGUGGUGGCCGUGAUCGUGGCGUUCACCGGCGCCUGCAUCACUCAGGACUCUCCCCUGAAGGCCGUCCAGAUGCUGUGGGUGAACCUCAUCAUGGACACUCUGGCUUCUCUGGCUCUGGCCACUGAACAGCCCACCGAGUCUCUGCUGGAACGUAAACCGUACGGCCGCGACAAGCCUCUCAUCUCCAGGACGAUGAUGAAGAACAUCCUGGGCCACGCUGUGUACCAGCUCAUCGUCAUCUUUACCCUGCUCUUUGCUGGUGAGAAGCUUUUCGGCAUCAGCAGCGGCCGCAAUGCCCCCCUGCACUCCCCGCCGUCAGAGCACUACACCAUCGUGUUCAACGCGUUCGUCAUGAUGCAGCUUUUCAACGAACUCAAUGCCAGGAAGCUCCACGGCGAGAGAAACGUGUUUGAGGGCAUUCACAAGAACCUCGUCUUCUGCAGCGUCAUACUCGGAACCUUCGUCUUGCAA